AUGGUGGCGGAGAAUACGCACAGCCGCCUCUUCCUUCUCUUUCUGUUCUCCUUACUCACGCUCUCCACAUCCCCAGCCAUGUCUCUUCACCCCGAGGUGCAGAGCACCGGAUACCCCACUACCGCCACCCUCGACGUCUCCACAAGCCUCGCUCAAGCCCACCUUGCUCUCUCGUACCGCCCCCCCUCCUCCACCGAGCUCCCUUCCCACCUCCUCCCUUAUGACCCCUCCUCCGCAAUCUCCGUCGCCCUUCACUCGCGAGACUUCCUCCCCUCGUUCGUUGGCUCCUCCGCCCACGGCCACCCCGACUAUAAGGCCCUGACCCUCGCUCGCCUGUUCCGCGACGUAGCCCGCGUCCGCUCUAUCGCGGUCCGCGCCACCCUCGCCUUCGGCGCUGUCGCCGACUCCGUUCUGAAUCCCAACACGGACGUGAAGGCCCUCCAGAUCGCCGCCGUGAACUCGAUUAUGGGUUCUGUUAUCUCCGGGGCCAGCAUGGGAAGCGGCGAGUACUUCUCCAGGGUGGGGGUCGGCAGCCCUCCAAAGCCCCUCUACAUGAUCCUCGACACCGGCAGCGACGUCAGCUGGGUCCAGUGCCUUCCCUGCGCCGACUGCUACGAGCAGUCCGACCCCGUCUUCGACCCCUCCGACUCCUCCUCUUACACCCUCCUCUCUUGCGACUCUUCCCUAUGUCACUCUCUCGCCCUCUCUGCCUGCCGCAACUCCACAUACUCCUCCUCCGGCCCCGCCGCCGCAGCCGAUGAAAGAUGCCUGUACCAGGUCAUGUACGGCGACGGGUCCUACACCGUCGGGGACUUCGCCACCGAGACGCUGACAUUCGGCGGGUCGGCCUCGGUCUCGGAGGUGGCCAUGGGUUGCGGCCACGAUAACGAGGGGGUUUUCGACAGCGCGGCCGGGCUGCUGGGCCUGGGCGGCGGGCCACUCUCUUUUCCCACCCAGAUCUCGGCCCGUUCCAUCACCUACUGCCUCGUUGAUCGUGAUUCCAACGCCUCCUCCAUCCUCAACAUCAGCACCGCCGCCUCCACCCCCUCGUCGACCUUGACGGCACCCCUCCUCCGCAACCCUCUACUGGACACCUUCUACUACGUCGAGCUGACGGGUAUUAGCGUGGGCGGGAAAAUGCUGCCCAUCCCGCCGUCGGCUUUCGCGAUAGACGAGAGCACCGGAGCCGGGGGCGUGAUUGUGGAUUCCGGCACGUCGGUAACGCGGCUGCAGGAAGCGGCGUAUGCUACGCUGCGGGACGACUUCCAGGUGCAGAUGGAGGCGCUACCGCCGGCGGAGAGGAUGAUACCGUUCGACACGUGCUACAACCUGUCAUCGCGGGCGAGCGUGACGGUGCCGUCGGUGGCGUUCCACUUCCCGGAGGGGAAGGCGCUGCUGCUGCCAGCGAAGAACUACCUGAUCCCGGUGAACGACGAGGGCACCUACUGCCUGGCCUUCGCACCUUCCCCGGUGGCGUUCUCGAUCAUCGGUAACGUACAGCAACAGGGGACACGUGUCAUAUUUGACCUCGUCAACGACCGGGUGGGCUUCACCCCUGAUGUGUGCUGAGGCUGUCACACC